CUUCAGCGGCGUUUCCUGUUCGGCGGGUCCUCAUAGCGAGUGAAUGUGAAGGCGGCGGGCAGCAGCGCCGCGGCUCGACUCUCCUCAGCAGACUGUAGCCAGCGGAGCAGAGGACGGACGGCCGGCUCGUGUCUCGGGGGUGUGACUGAGGCCUCAGGAUGGUCACUAUUCCGGAGUACUACACAGGAAAGAAUGUGCUUAUCACAGGGGCGACGGGCUUCAUGGGGAAGGUUCUGUUGGAGAAGCUGCUGCGCUCUUGCCCGGGGGUCAAAGCUGCGUAUGUCCUGGUCCGUCCCAAAGCAAGCCAGUCCCCCAGCGCCCGCAUCGCAGACAUGGUCAACUGCAGGCUCUUCGACAGAUUGAGAGAAGACCAGCCGGACUUUGCGGAGAAGAUUGUGGCGGUGAACAGUGACCUGACCCAGCCGGACCUGGACCUCAGCAAGGAAGAUCAGGACACUCUAACGGACUGCAUCAACAUAGUCUUCCACUGUGCCGCCACCAUCCGCUUCAAUGAGCCCCUUAAGGACGCCAUGCAGCUGAACGUGCUGGCCACGCAGAAGAUGGUGAGUCUGGCCCACAGGAUGAAGCGUUUGGAGGUGUUCAUCCACGUCUCCACGGCUUACGCCCACUGUGACCGUGAGCUGAUCGAGGAGGUGGUUUACCCGCCGCCUGUAGACUACAGGAAGCUCAUAGACACACUAGAGUGGAUGGACGAUAAGCUGGUCAGUUUGAUGACCCCUAAAUUGAUUGGGGAGCGACCCAACACAUACACCUACACCAAAGCCCUGGUGGAGUACAUGGUGCAGCAGGAGUGUGGCAACCUCAACGUGGCCAUCAUCCGGCCUUCAAUAGUGGGCGCCAGCUGGAAGGAGCCCUUCCCUGGCUGGAUAGAUAACUUCAACGGGCCUAGUGGAAUAUUUAUUGCUGCAGGAAAGGGCAUCUUGCGUACUAUGAGGGCAUCCAACAGUGCUAUCGCUGACCUUGUGCCAGUAGAUGUGGUCAUAAACACGACUCUGGCUGCCGCUUGGUACUCUGGCUCCCAGAGACACACUAGGCCGAAAAGCAUGUUGGUGUACAACUGCACGACGGGCGCCAUCAAUCCUUUUCACUGGGGUGAAGUCGAGAACUGUAUAAACAUGACCUUCAAGACCAACCCAUUAGAGCAGGCCUUCAGACGGCCCAAUGUUAACCUGCGUUCCAACCCCUUUACCAAUCAGUACUGGACAACAGUGAGCCAUACCAUUCCUGCCCUGCUCUACGACGCAUAUCUGUGGCUGACGGGGCAGAAGCCUCGAAUGAUGAAGACGAUCACGCGGCUCCACAAGGCCAUGAUGGUGCUGGAGUACUUCACCAGCCACUCGUGGGUUUGGAACACGGAUAACGUCACCAUGCUUCUGAACCAGCUGGGACCCGAGGACAGGAAGGUGUUUAACUUCGAUGUCAGACAGCUGCACUGGGCUGAAUAUAUGGAGAAUUACUGCAUGGGCACGAAGAAGUAUGUGCUGAAUGAGGAGUUAUCAGGCCUUCCGGCAGCACGCAAACAUCUCAACAAGUUGCGGAACAUCCGCUACACAUUCAACACGGUCCUGGUGAUCCUGAUCUGGCGCAUCUUCAUCGCCCGCUCCCAGAUGGCCCGCAACAUCUGGUACUUCGUGGUCAGCCUGUGCUUCAAGUUCCUCUCCUACUUCAGGGCCUCCAGCACCUUGAGAUACUGAAUCUCUCCCUAUAGUCCUUAUCUCCUUCCCUCGUUCCCCCUCUCUCCUCCUCUCUCUUUCCUACAAUAGCUAUGCAUAUGCUACAGCUCUGCAAAGCUCUGGACUCCAGAGCGCCCCCGCCAGACCUCCAGGUGAAGUGCAAGCCGUCUCUUGGUUCCGCCUUUGCUUUGGCUGGGGGGGCCGCUGCACCCGACUGCUUUGUAGAAAGCUUGAAGCAUCAGGGCUUGAGGUGUGUGAGGCUCUUUGGGCUGGAACAUUCUCCCCCAGCCUGUCUGAGCGCUUACCUGUACCCGCGGCACCUCCUGAUCACUGGGGGUGGCCGGCCGGUGGUUCUCCGUGGUCAUGGUUUACAAUCGUUCCCAACCUUACUCAAUCAAGCACAAGGUGGGAGAGUAGGGAUGUGAUGGCUUGUUCACUGCUCUGUGCCUAAAAAUGUAAUUACUAUUUACACCUGGGUCAAGAAAGAUGUAGUCGUGCUUCAUUAGAUGACCUUUCCCAGAACAACAGCCGACUUUCUUCUCUUUUACUUUCCUUUUUUUCUUUUUCGGUGAUUCUCCUACUAAUUUACCACGGAGAUCGAUUUUAAAAGCAGGUCUAAUGCUGGUUUUGUUGUGCUAACAGUUAUUGGGUUCUGUAGGUUGAGUUGUCUUGAGCCUUUUCACGCUGCGAUUAGAUUAACACACUAACUUCGUCAGACGUGCUUUUGCUUCGUCACUUAUGAUGUAGUUGAUGUGGUUGAGGAUGAAAAUGUGCGAUUCUUGUCUGGAGGACAUGAGUUGUCUUUUUUUUUUUUUUUUUGUUUCGUUUUAUUGGUGGACACUCCAAUCGCUCUUGAUGAAUAGCAGCCUAUGAGAGUUUGGGGUUUUCGUGUUUUCUCUAAAGCCUGUUCUGUUGCCUUUUUUAAACUAAUCGCCUUUUCUUGCUUUAACUUAUUGUUUCGUACUUUGGUCGUGUAAAUAAGCGGUCAUUAGUUGGUCCUUCGUGGCUCAGUGUUUCCUUUUCUGCUCCACCGGACGUUUUCUUCCAGGUCCCAUAGCUGUGAAAUGAGAACUGUGACUUUGGUCACUUCACAAGGAUCCAGGCUGAAUCCAUAUCAUAGGAGCAUUCAGAUCAGUCCGUUAUCCAUAAUAAGGCCACGUUUGUGAACUGUGCCUGAAUGUUCAUAACAUUUUGGAAGGAGAAAAAAAAAAAAAAAGCAAUCCUGUUUUUUCUAAUCCAUUUGUGUACAAGAUAAAAGAAACAUAACACUGCUGUUUCAUUACUGAGCAUUUUCAUGCUUUAAUAAAUAUAGAGAGAAUAUUUAUUUAUGAAGGAAAUAGACUUUAGGAGAUAUAUUGUAUAAUGUGUUAUUCUCCUAUGGUCACUUGCGCAUCAUGUUACUGUUAUUUCUACUGUGCUCGUGUCUCUGAAUGUACGUCUGUUAUACCAGCCUAGACAGUGUAAAAUCAUACCUAGAAGUGCUAAUGAUGGGUGUAGUUUACCAUGUGAUGGAGCAGCCUGUCCUCUCUAAUAACACGGUGUCAGUGCUGAUAUCAAUAUUACUGCUUCUUCUGGAAUGUCUUUUAAAAUCUGGGAGGUGGGAAAAGAGUGGUACAGUGCUAUUAAGCUUGAGUGUUCUGGGUAUUCAGGGUUUCUAAAGGGGAAUUCCACCCAAAUUCCACCCAGAUUUUUUUAAAAUGCAGUGAGUCUGAAACGCGUGCAGGUAUUCCUGACUAUUUUUAACACACAAACAGUGGCGACUGAAACCUAUGCAGGAAAACUCAACUAAUACCAAAGCUACAUUUGCAGGGGCCCUGCUGUACAUUACAAAUAUGCAUUGAUAAAGAAGAGAACGACAAAAAUCAGGCCUACAAAUGUACUGAAGCAGAGGAUUGAGGAAAAGUUGACGAAGGAGGGCGUCAAAUGGUGCAAGGUUGGUCAUCAGAGUCAUUUAAAUAAACAAGAAACAGGCAAAAAAAAAAAAUGAUCACGACACCAGACGUGUCGUGAUGGAGUGGGAAGGGUUACGUCACAGGAUGAAGAAGCCAGUGCGUUUGAAUUAAGACACGUAAAUGUCUAAGCAUCAGCAGAGACACGAGGAGAGUGUUCAAGCUUCAAGCAGCAAUGAAUGCCUGUAAAUGUUACCACAAUGUUCUUCAUGCGGUUUCUGUCCAGAAGUAUUGAGACGGCCCUUGUGAUGAGUAAAUAUAAUUCAAGGAGCUUCUAUCGAUUUUUCAAAAGGUCCACAAAAUUCAAUCACUGAGAGGUGAAGUCAUUCAGAGGGGUCUGAAGUGAAAUGGUUCGCUGUAGAGAUUCCAGUGGCGAUGACGGGACCCGGGGGUCACAGUGUCUAACAAAUUUAGCCGUUUUAUUUACUUUUAUAAAACCACCAGUGAACUUAAGUGUGUCCGAGUUUGUAUAUGUAAUAUUGAUGACGUAUAAAUAGGGAUAAAUCGUUAAAUAGUGAUCAAAUGUUUUCUUUGCCCUACAAGCUCCACAUUUAUCCUCUGGAUGUAUGUUUAGAAAAAACUGCCAUGUCUCAUGUCAUGCAUUCGUAAUUAUUUCAUGUAAUAACUUUCUGGGACGAAGCUUUUAGGUGCAUUGAACUUUUCAGACAUCUGGUUCCCAUCACCACCACUGGUUUCUCAGACAAAGCCUUUUACAUCAGACCAUUCUGAGUGACUUUGUUUCACUGUUAUUAAUUUAAUCAUGCAUCAAUUUUGAGAAAUAGGUAGAGUUCCCCUUUAAGACGCACCCAUUGCUGACAUGAUGCGCACAGCUUGUAUAAUCUCCACAGAAAUACUGACCACUGGAAUGCAACGUGCUGGAUCAGCCUUAAUGCCAGGGGUUGGCUGGAGGUUAAAGCCCCUCAGUAUUGGAGUUAUGGAGCUCCAUCCAAUACCUUUGGGAUUGGUUAGUGAUCCAGAACACCAGUACCUGACCUCACUCACCCUCUUGUGGCUGAAUGACCUGAAUGACGAACCUCCUAUUAGUACUACUGAAGAACCACUGGAUUAGCAGGUAGUUACAAACUAUUGGAUGAAUAUUGUGCCUUUCCAUGUGAAGCCUGACUCACUCCUGUAUGGAAAACUAUUUCAUUCUCAAUUUUUGUUUUCCUUGGCUCAAUAUUCACACGCCAGCUUAGCGAUCCAGAAAUUCAUUUGCAAGACUAUUUUUCUACUGUCAGGUAAUGAGACCACCUUAUUCAUAUAUGACCAGUACUGGUCUGAAUAUAGAUCUGUAUGUGAGGUCGUUUCUAAAACCCACCACGUUUUAUUCUGUUGAAAUAAUAACCAUUUAAAAAAAAUCUACUUUUGGGUGAAAUUCCUCUUGUGUAACACAUGAUGGAAGUUUUUUGUGCUUCUUCUUAACUCAUUCCAUUUGUACGCUUCCUUUGACACACUGUCGAAUGUUGCUUUGGGGUCAUGAUGUCACUGACCAUGUCCUCACUUCAAAGGGCAUUUCACAGCUGCGAUUAUUCCCAGGGUUUUUGUCCUUCUGCUCUAGCAGGUGUGAUCUGAUGCUGAGGCCUUGACAAAGCCAGUAGAGUCGUGGUCCUUUUUGCUGCUUGUCUGCCUUAUCUGAAUGUCAUCCGGUUCCCCUGAAAUUAAUAUCAUCGUAGUGAAUCAGUUGCGCUCCCAAAAAUGAUCCAGCGAGUACGUUUCUGCACAAUUUACUGCAAGUCUUUGUCAGGCCGUAUGAAGUUUUUGUGGAGGAUGUUUGUUGCCACAGUCAAUGUCAAUAGGAAAAUCAAUGGGUGCCUUGUGGUUGUAAACCAAAAAAAAAAAAAAAAGGAAUAAACUAUGUGAAAUGAA